AAGCCUUCGAAAUUGUAGUACGGCACGCAAGAAACUACACCAACACCAUGUUUAGGAACCACUACCAGAACAUGGGGUCCAGAGCUCUUAAGUUUGUCGGAGAACUUUUUACAGAUAUCUCGCUUUACAUACUGGGCUCUGACAUCAAUGUGAAUGACAUGGUCAAUGAAUUUUUUGAUAGCUUGUUCCCUUUAGUCUACUCACACUUGAUGAACCCAGGCUUCCCUGAUCCCUCCGGAGAAAUGAUAGAAUGCCUGCGGGCAGCAAGGCGAGACCUCAGGGUGUUUGGUAACUACCCCAAGAUUAUGAUGACCCAGGUGUCAAAGUCAUUGCAGGCCACGCGAGCCUUCCUACAAGCACUCAACCUGGGGAUCGAAGUAAUUAAUACUACUGACCACUUAAAAUUCAGCAAGGAAUGUGGACGUGCACUGCUGAGGAUGUGGUACUGUUCUCAUUGCCAAGGGCUACUGAUGGCGAAGCCUUGUGCCGGAUACUGCAGUGUUGUCAUGCAAGGGUGCCUGGCCAGCGUUGUGGAGAUAGAUAACUACUGGAGAGAAUAUAUUUGGUCCCUGGAAGGGCUGACCAAAGGCAUGUAUGGAAUCUAUGACAUGGAGCAUGUCCUGCUUAGUCUUUUCUUGUUGAUACGAGACUCGGUCAUGUAUGUUCAGAAGAAUGGAGGGAAGCUGUCUGCAACAAUUAGCAAAUUCUGUGGCCCUUCUCAACAGAGACAGUAUAGAUCAGCUCAUGACCCUGAAGACCUUUUCAUUGACAAGAAGGUACGGAAGGUGGCUCACACAGGACACGAGGAAACCCUGUCCAGCCGGAGAAGGGAGCUCAUUAUGAAACUAAAAUCUCACAGCAGUUUUUAUAGCAGCUUGCCAGAGUCCAUCUGCAGCCACAGUUCUGCUGUUCAGAAUGACACCCUUUGCUGGAAUGGACAAGAAAUUGUGGAGAGGUACAGUCACCAGGCGGCGAGGAAUGGUGGGAAAGCUCAAGCUGGCACCCAUGAGAUGAAAACUAAGGGUCCCGAGCCAGUGAUCAGCCAGCUCAUCGACAAACUGAAACACAUCAACCAGCUGUUGAAAGGAAUGUCAAUAUCCCGGCGAAAAGCUCCAGACAAAACCACAGAUGAGGAUGGGUCAGAAAGCGGAGACUGCGAUGAUGAAGACAACUGCAGCGGUGGCUCCGGAAAUGGGGAACUAAGGGUUAAGAAUCAGCUCCGGUUCUUAGCAGAGCUGGCUUAUGAUUUGGAUAUGGAUGACGUUCCCUCAAACAAACAACUUUUGAAUCAGCAAAGCAAAGGUGAUACCGUGGUUCACAACAUGGGAUCAGGAAAUACCAUGUGGAAGCAUGUUCCCUUCACUGCUAUUUUCAUGGCAGUCUUCCUUCUGUGGGCCCAUUGACGCUGUACAAUAGCCACAACAGAUUUCAAUGGGGAUCAAUUUCUCUCAUUAUUUCUUUCUGAAGAAAACAUUCUGAACCGCGCUCCUCCUGCAAUAUAGGCACACUUCCAAAGAUUAAGUGAAUGACUUACAUUUGUUUUGUAAAAUAAAAUGGUAUCUGUACCACCA